AUGCGUACAUUUCCACGUAAUUCUGAAGCUAAAGAACUCGUAAUAAAGGCUGGUAUGAACCCUGCUGAAUGGGCAAUUGCUGCCUCUAGUUUUCGCAAAUCAUUUCUCUCGGAACCAGUGAAAUUUUUCGAUAAUCAAACCGAACUAUUGGCAUUUGGACAGACUUUGGACAAUGUCAAGCGUCACAAUUCGUUUAUCUUCUAUCCAUAUUUUCUGGAUUAUGCCAAAGCUACGAGUUAUUUACCAGCUGAUCAAGAUACUGACACAAUCUCUUUGCAGCAAUUAACUGAUCUGCGCUUACCACAUGAAAUGUAUCCAUUUGCUACUGCUAUGAAGCGUAAAAUUAUUUACCAUGAAGGUCCAACGAAUAGUGGCAAGACUUUUCAAGCUUUAGAGCGCUUGAAACAAGCUGGAGAAGAUGGUGGGAUCUAUUGUGGUCCAUUGCGUUUAUUAGCACUUGAGAUCUUUGAUCGAUUAAAUACAGAUGGAUUAUACACGUCCCUUGUUACUGGACAAGAAAAGAAAGUAGUACCAUACUCGACGCAUGUUUCAUGUACCGUGGAAAUGGCGAAUAUCAAUCGACGUUGGGAUGUAGCAGUUUUAGAUGAAAUUCAAUUGAUUGGUGAUCCACAACGUGGGUGGGCGUGGACACGUGCCUUCUUUGGCUUGCAAGCAAAUGAGAUUCAUGUCUGUGGCUCUGGUGAAGCAGUAGAUCUGAUCAAAAAGUUUGCCGCGACGACGGGGGACGACUUUGAGUUGUGUUCGUAUUCUCGUCGUUCUCCAUUAACUCUUGCAACGAAACAUCUUGGGUCUUAUCAUCACAUUCAACCUGGUGACUGUGUUGUAGCGUUUUCUCGUCGAGAUAUUUUUCAAAUCAAGCGAGAUAUUGAGAUCAAAACAGGUCUAAAAUGCUGCAUCAUUUACGGUCAAUUGCCUCCGGAAACGAGAUCUCACCAAGCGCGUUUAUUUAACGAUCGGACCAAUGAUUUUAAUGUUUUAGUGGCUUCUGAUGCCAUUGGCAUGGGAUUGAAUCUCAAUAUUCGACGAAUUGUUUUUGCCACGGUCAAAAAAUAUUCCGGAAGUGGUGGAAUGAUUGAUAUUCCCCCCGCUCUUGCUAGACAAAUUGCUGGUCGAGCGGGUCGAUACAAUAGUGAUUUUGCAUCUGGAGAAGCAACGUGUCUUUUAAAAGAAGAUUUGGAAUAUAUGAAAGAAUCGUAUGAGGAAAAACCGACACCUCUUUCCUCUGCUGGAAUUUUUCCAACAUCCGAGCAAAUGGAAGAGUUUGCAAAGCAAUUACCUGGAAUCUCAAAUUUAGCUGAUCUUGUGGAUAAAUACGUCAUGUUAGCGCGUUUGGAUGGUGCUUACUUUAUGUGUAAUCAUCAGGAUAUGAAAGAUGCUGCGACUUUGUUACAAGAGACUGAUUUAACGCUUUCAGAUCGAUUUACUUUUUGUAUGUCUCCAGUGAGUUUGCGUAAUCCAUUAGCUAGAAAAGUGUUUUUAGAGUAUGCACGUGCUCAUUCAUUGGGUCAGAGUGUCAAAUUGGAUAUUUACUUGCCCAAGUUUGCUCCCCAUUCGGCAGAAGCUUUAGGGGAUGUCGAGAUUAAAGCGAAAAUCAUCGAUUUGUAUCUUUGGCUCUCGUUUCGAUUUGAAAAUACGUUUGUUGAGAAAAAGUUAGCGCUAGAAUUAAAAAAACGAGUACUUGAGUUGGUGGAACAAGGGCUUGUUAAUACGACAUAUAAUCGAGAAGAGAAGAAGACAAGAUGGGCAAGUGGUGUUGCGAAUCUUAGGUUCACAUCUCGAAAAACUUUACAAGAUCAAAAUCAUAAGAAGAAUAGCAACAUUCAAAGCCAUAGACACGAUUUGAGAAAUGUUGUGAAACGACAAGAACGAGUACAACGAGCUAAAAGCACGAGCUUUCAACGUGAAGAAGCUGUGACUAUCAAUGAGAUUGAAAGUGGGAGAAUGUCGUGGUUUAAACGGCUUUUCAAUUAG